GAUAGGACGAACUCUUGUCACGUGUCUUUUCGAAAAUCAAAGUGGACCGUGAUCGAGUAGUACCAUUUAAUAAUUGUGUUGUACCAGGUGGCUCCGUGACUACUCGAGGAUUUUGAACCGUUGCUAUUGUCCAGUCACCAUGAAGAUUCUUGUUCUUUUAGGAUUUACGACAAUGGUUUGUGCCCAAUUCAACAGAUACCCAUACAACCCUGAUUAUUACGGUCGACGUUUCGCCAUAUUGCGACAGUCGCAAGAUUCUUCUCCGGAUGGAUCGUAUUCCUACAGUUACGACACAGAAAAUGGCAUAUCCGUAGCAGAACAAGGAGUACCGAAGUUCUCUGGGCCAAAUCAGAUCGAAUCUGUACGAGGACAGUUUAGUUACACGGCACCAGAUGGCACUCCGAUUUUGGUUACUUACACUGCUGAUGAAAAUGGUUUCCAACCUGACGGUGCUCACUUACCUACGCCACCGCCGAUACCAGUAGCGAUACAACGUGCUUUGGCUCAUAAUGCGGCUCAUCCAGAAGAGGAAGAACCCUACAGAAGAUACUGAUGAAGAUGAAACGUGCUUUAGCUAGAGGGAGCUCAUGCGAAAUGAAUCGAGACAGUACAACAUAGACGAAAGGAGACUCUGAAAACUCAACAGAUAUGCAAAGAGAGAAUGAUGAAAUGAAGGAAGAGUGGUAAAGAAAGACAGAGAGGGAUACGCGAAUACGAGUAUUACAUUA